AUGCCGAGACCAUGUCAUCCACUUUGCGCCGAGAAAAGGGAUUUCAUGGAGGUCAAUCCACCUCGUACCGAGAAGGAUUUCUAUACCACCUACGAUCCAUGGGUCGGUAUUGGUACAGCUAUCGUAUUGGCGAUGUUCUUCUUUGUGGUCACCGUGAAAUCAUGCGUACGUUAUGUGGUACGAAAAUGGCGUAUGCAUCAAUUCUACAAACGUACACCACCGCCCAACGAUACGCCAGCCGACGAUGAUCAAGCAAUCGUUGAAACGGCAUGA